AUGCCAACACCGGAGGAUACCAACCGAGGAAGAAGCAAUGAUACCUCCAACCCAGGACCAAGCUCUGAACCCACUAUCUCCGGCAUACGCCAGUCCACACAGCACCGACCAGACAACACGCGUCCCCCAGAUACUACACGGCGCACAGAAAUCUACACCGAUAACCCGGGCCAUGCGAGUCGUCUUACAGACGCAGAACGCCAGAGACUAGAAGCAUUGGCGGCAGACUCGAGGGGCGGUGCGAUCUUCGUUACCUAUGAUCUGGUCCACAGAAUAGAUACGCUCAUGGCGGAUGGGACCCGUCGCACGGAUGAGGCUUUGAUGCAGUACUUGUUUCAAGAUGAUAUCUGGGAGGCUGUUGAUACUGGUGAUAUCAAUGACGCAGGGAGAAGAGGGGACGGUAGUAGGAACGGGGACGGGAACGGUAAUGGAAGGCAAGGCGGCGGCAUCGGAUUGAAACUGCCGAAUGGAACGGAGGAGAGCCAUGAAGAGGAAUUGAAGCAACAGUGA